AAGCGGGACAACCGAGUGGCCUACAUGAAUCCAAUAGCAAUGGCCACAUCAAGGGGGCCAAUUCAGUCUUCUGGGCCAACAAUCCAGGAUUAUCUAAAUCGACCAAGACCUACCUGGGAGGAAGUAAGAGAACAACUCGAAAAGAAAAAGGCUCCAAGGCUUUGGCUGAAUUUGAAGAAAAAAAUGAAUGAGAACUGGAAGAAAGAGCUAGAAAAACACAGGGAGAAACCAUUAAGUGGAAAUGAGAGCUCAUCUAAAAAAAGACAGAGAAAGAAAAAAGAAAAGAAGAAAGCUGGUAGGUAUUCAUCUUCUUCUUCAUCAAGCUCUGAUUCUUCCAGCAGUUCUUCAGAUUCUGAAGAUGAGGAUAAGAAACAAGCAAAAAGGAGAAAGAAGAAGAACCGUUCACAUAAAUCUUCUGAAAGCUCUAUGUCAGAAACUCAGUCAGACAGUAAGGACAUUAAAGGACUUGGCAAGAAAAGAAAGAUGCAUUCUGAAGACAAACCCUUAUCAUCUGGGCCCUUGUCAGAAUCAGAUUAUGCUGAGGAGUUACAAGCAAAAAAGAAGAAAAGCAGUGAAGAACGAGAAAGAGCAACAGAAAAGACAAAAAAGAAAAAGAAGCAUAAGAAACACAGUACAAAGAAUUGAAAAAGAAGACUGCUAGUUCAAGUCCUGAUUCAUCGUAACAUUUAGAAAAACCUGGAUUCCCUUAAAGAAAGUGCAAUGUCUAAGACAAUUUCAACUGUGA